AUGUUUUUAUUUUAGCCAUUCAAAUAAGUUCAAAUAAAUCGUAAAACAACAAAUAAAAAAUGUGUAAUGAGCUUUAUAAUAUCUUUUAAUAUAAGAAUACAUACCAAAAAGCUAUCGUUUUUGUUAAUCUAAAAUGUCAGAAGAUCGGAAAAAGAUAUUACUAAAGAAAGGAACGGGCACAGUCCCCAAAAUAAAAUAUGGCAAUAAUAGGAUAAACCAAUACACACAUCAUCAACGUCCUGUCGUGCCGAAUAACUUGAGUUCAGAUUGGUUGCGGCAGGAUUUUUCUGGACUGAGUCCUAACUGCACUCAUAACAUACAUUCCUUUAACUCAUAUUCAAUGGAAUCAUCUCUGGCUGAUGAUCAUAAUUAUUCUUUACCACAACAUAAUAGUGACCUACAUCAGCUAACUAUGACCAGUAAUGGUGCACUAUUACCUCCAAAUAUAAGUGAACCUAAUUCAAGGAGAGAUUCUGUCGCAACUAUUCCUAAAUGUCAGAAUGUCUCCAAAUUUCCAGAAAAACAGAAAAUUGAGGACAAACUAAAUCAGAUUAGGGAGUACUUGCGAGUUACUACUUCAUUAAUGUCUACACUAAAAAAUAGUGAAGAUCCCCAGGCUGUAGAGAAAGAAAAGGAACAUUUUGAUAAAAUGGUAAAAGAUCUGAAAGACAGCGAAGCAAAAUUAAUAGCUCUUUUAAACAUUUAUGAAACUGCUAAAGAAAAUCAUGAAAAAAAUGAACAAGAGGUAAUAGAAAAUGGGACAGACAACUUUUCAGAGCCGAGUACUUCUGGUUAUCAAAGUAACAUAUCUCAAAGAAAUGAAAUUGAGGAUAAAGUUGAACAGUCUAAUCAAAAAAUAUUGAUGCUACAAGAGCAACAAAAUGCUCUGAUAAAUUUAAAAAAGAAGGCUGAGAACCAGUUGUUGGAUGCUAAACAAAAGCAAGUUAAAUUGUUAAAAGUUCAACAGAAACAGAAUGAAGAAAAUCGGCUAAGGAAUGAUAAAAUAAUACAAGAAAGACUGUUUCUUGAGCAAGCUCAGGUCAAUUCUAAAAUACCAAAAAUAUCAGAAAAUAAUUUUGAUGCGACUAUUAGAGAAUUGGAAGAUACAUUAAAUGGUCUUAAAACUUACCACAACAAUGCAGACGUGGACACAUUGCAAGAAAGAUUAGAAAGUAGUAAUCAACUUAUUCAUAUGUUGGGCACCCGUGAUGCUCAGCUUAACUCUGAACAUUUGGAACUCCAAGAGAAGUUGAAUGAAUUACAAACGAAAAAGCAACAAAUUGAUCAACUGGCUAGUGAAUUGCAGAAUCUCAAUGAGGAUAAUGAAGACGAAGACAUUGGCCAGCAAGUUCGAAAAAUAGUUACAAUGAAACAACAGCUUACUAAACUCAAAGAUAUGCUUGAAAUUGUAAAAAAUGCGGAAUUGAGACUUGUCGAGGCUCAAAAUUGUAACGAUACUGAUUCCGAAUGUCCAGAGAACUUUACUUAUGUUGAAAAGAACGAUAAUAUUCGUCAAAAUAUUCAUACUAAUCAGCCGAAUAUAAUGUGCGAUAACACAAUUCGAAUUGAUAAUAAUGCUCGGACUGGAGAACAGUAUCCCAUUGAAAAAGAAAGUAACAAAAUCAGUAGUAACAUACGAGAACGAGAAAAAAUGCUUGCCGAAUUGAAAGCAAAGAAGAGGGAAUUAGAAGAGAUUAUUUUCAAACAAAAAGAUCGCACAUUAAUUAAUAAUGAUAUAUGCAGUGAGUCUUCUAUAAACAAAUCAGAAAUGAGUGGCUUUGAGGGUGCUCCUUCUGGGUACUCGUUACCACCAUCUGUUAAUCGGCAGAACAGAAGAUCGUCGUUUUAUUCUAGUAGUGACGAAUUUCCCGAAGAUGUGAAUGAAUACUCUGAAAUUAAGACCGAGCCUCGUACUCAUAGUCGUCUUUCGAAACAGAGAGAGGAAGAAAUCGGUUUGUCGAUAAAUCCAGUUGUUGAUUAUUCUGCUCGUUUUCAACCAGCUGCUUCGCGAAGUUCUGAAUGUAGAUCUAAUGCCACAACUUCAGUUGCUGCAUCAUUCAACAGGCAUCAAGAUCGUUCAACAAGUAUAAACGACUCUCAGAGCAAAAACGAAAUUCAGAAACAACUAGAAACUAUUCAAGGAAUGUGCCAGUCUUUAAUUGAACAACAGCACAAUAACACAACGGGAAGCAAUCGAAACAAUCAUACCCCUUCGCCACUUUAUGCCGAACCUAGACGAUAUACGUCCCCAGGCACCCGUGAGAGUAGUGUAUUGAAUGUAGUGAACCCAGUCACAGAAAUUCCCGGAUUUCCUGCUGGUAUGAAUGGUCACUGUUAUGGCCUUAAUAACGACGUCUCCAACAACAACCAAAAUCUGUUGGCUGCAAACACUUUGCAACUUCAAGCGUUUUUAUUAAACACGCUUAAUCAAUGCUGUCAAAUGCUAUGGUUCCAGCAGAGAGAGAUUGCUUCACUCAGACACACAAUAACAUUGAUGCAAGAUCGCAUGAUACCGGGGGGUGCUGCGUUAGAUCAAACUUUCCGCGGGCUCUCCGAUUCGUCAACUGGUUUGCCACCAUUUAUUAAUUCGGCUCCGCCUUCUACCUCAAUUUUCCGUUCACCACUCCACAAUCCCCCUAAUCCGAAAGUCAACCAUCAACCUCAACCAGUGGCUGCAGCAUGUUCGAUGCCUAACCUUAACCAGUCUUACAUAUCACCUCAAACGCAGGUGCAUACGCAUCAACCACAAAACAACGAAUUGCCAUAUGAAAAUCGUAACAGUGUGCGUAUGCUUGAAACCACCAACUUCAAUAACAUGCAGAACAAUCAAAUUGAGCAGUCUAUUACUAAUAAUCAUCCUAGUAACAUAUCCGGCUUGCACAAUAUUAACACCGCGAUCAAUCAUCACCAACAGCAGCCUUUACCCGGACAAGUGUGGAACGGACAAGCGCUUAAUAAUCAGGUAGCCCCCGGCAAUCGGGCCAACAACUACUGGGAUAAUUUCCGUAGUUACUCUCGCCAGAAUCUUUUGUCAACCUCAAAGAGUAAUGAGGGCGUUCAAAAUGUUUCGGGAAUGCCAGAAAGAUCGAACAGGACACAUCAAGAACGAUCACAUUCCCAAUGCACUAACUACACGCUUCCAAAAUCUAACGCUGCUCAAAACGAGUCCUCCAACCUAAUUGCUGAAAAUCAUAUCCGCCAAGUCCAUUCCAAUAAACCCUCAUCUAAUUCUGUCACUUCAAACCCUGGAAAAUCACCUUCGCUAAUUCCACCGGAUGUUCUGAACGUUACUCAUGUAGCCGAUGAGGAAACAGCAAACUGCACGUGUUCGUCUUCAUCUUCGAAUCCAAACUUUUCAAAUAGCAGCAACGGAAGCCGAAAGUUCAAAUUUCGUUUACCUUCGGAUUCAAAUGAACCCCCCGAAGAAGAUCGAAAGUUCAAUUAUUAUUUGCUACAAGAACAAAACCAGGCCGCAACAAUUAGAAAACCCAACUUUCGUGUAUAUCGUCAAGAUGAGGAUAUCAGAAGCAAGCGAUCAUUUGAACGCCGGGUGUCUGCCGUCUCUAACACUUCAGACGAGUCCGUCAAAGAAUUGCCAUCUCAUAGAAACAGGAACGAGUGGAACGAAGGCGAGGACAGCAGCAACAGUUCUCCGAAAUCGAAACUUUUCGAACAGUUGCGAGAUAGUGUUUACAAGGAAGUAGCGAAUCUAAUAUCCGCCAACGAAACGAGACCACACUUUCUUAUACAGCUUUUUAGAGAUUUGCAGCUAGUGAAUUCAGAUCCGCUUCGUCAUAGGACAUUACAUUCUAUCCAGACAAUGAUUACCAACCCAAUGGGUUAUUCAGACACAAUUAAGGCAGUUAGUUCUCAGACUUCAGUUAAUCAAGUUGCAACACAAGAAAGAAAUACUCAAGUAAAACAGGAAUUUUUUUGUUUGGAUAAUGGUACUGGUUGGCCCCAAUCUCCCGCAUCAUCUUCCCAAACAAGCUCUAACAUGGACAUUGAAACAGCCAACGAUCCAGAUGUAAACAAUGUAAAUAACAUAAUCAGAAUUGUAGCCCCCUUUCUAAAAAGACACCAUGAAGAUAUUUUCCAAGAAGAACUUCUAGAAAUGCUAAAAGCGCUCUUGAUAAAGGCUAUGCCUUUUGGUGAAAUAUUCGCUAAUACAAAUAUCCAGGAAAGCACUUUCCAUAAACAUUUCGCAGCCAUUAUAACAGAGGCAUUGUAUAAAUUCCAAGGAAAAAGGGUGCAAGAAAUCCGGAAAGAGCUUAUUCGAACCAUAACAGAAGUCUUGCUGGGAGAAUUUUCCUUUAUUCAUUUAGUGCAGGAAAAUAUUCCAGAAACUCGAGAAUCUACCAUGAUUCAGCCAAAUUCAGUACAGCUAGCCACCAGUACCGAUGAAAAUGUCCUUUUAAUUAAACUUGAUACUGCGGGUGACCAAAGUAAUAAUGGAAUUAUCGGCGAUGAAGCGAUAACGCCGCAAAUACAAAACGGUGAUCUUGCUGAGGCCGAUCAGAGUCAUAUCGGGAUUGAAGAAGAGGGAGCAGUCGGCGGAAUUGGGUUCGUGGAAGAUGUGGGUAACGAAGAAAUAGUAGUGCAAGAUGAUUCAGUUACAGUAAAAUUAGAAUAUCCGGUUAGUACGGAGGUUGAAGCAGAUCUAGAGGAACAGGGUCUGGAUCAAGUUCCUACCCGAUUAACGACUAGCUCACGUCCCCAUUCUGGAACCCCGAGUCGUGGAAAGAAGAAACGGAAAAGGUAAAGACUUAAUCGAAAUAAAAUGAAAAGGAUUUGUUCAUCUCUGUAUUAUUUUUAAGUUCUUUGAAUAGUUUCCUAGAUGUGUAUGUUUGAGCGUUUGUUGAAAUGACAAUUUUGAAAUAAAUAAUGUUUCUGGAUUUA